UCUGUCUGUUAUUUAUCAGUAGAAUUAAAACGAAAACUAAAGAUGGCGAACGACGGAUAGGACUGAUCAGUGUUCUCAUUUAAUUCCACAGUAAACAUCAAGGAGUUUUGCCCUCAGCCAUUAAUAUGGUGACGGUUUCUCACUAGGAAUUAAUUCAUACUAUAAUCACAAAUCCUCUUUUCUGAGGGAUCCACAUGGGACAUUUGAAUACUAAUAUCGUAACUAAGCUAUUACAGCGUAUUAUAUCUAACUUGCUCUUGACUGGUCAGCGGAAGUCAUUUAAUUAGGCGCGGCGUGCAGGGGCACGUAUGACCGCACUCACAAAAGUCGACUUAUUUAUUCGUUUCACUCCACUGACAGUCUUCCUUUCGUCUCCAUCGUCAUCGAAACUUCUAGUCAUCAUUUAUAUUACAUUAGCCUCAAUCUUUUAUGCCAUACAUCAACUGAUAAAUAUUAUACCUAAAUAUUUUAAAAUUAUUUCAACAAAAGAAGAUGGGUUAUUUCCUUUAAUCAACUAUUAGUAUAGUUUAUUUCAUAAAUUUUUCAAGAAUUACAAUAUAUCAAUGACAAAUAUCUAAAUAUUUCAUAUUUUAUUUAUUAUAUACUAUAAGUAUCAUCAAUCUUUAUCACUCUUAUCUACAUUAUCACAUAUCAGUGAAUCUUUAGAAUAGCAUCAAGUAUAUGAGCAACAUAUAUGUAUUGUUAAAAAAAGAUUCAAUUUGAAAUUUAUAUUCAAAACCUUUUGGGUUUGUCGAGUGUAUUUUAGUUACAUCAGAUGAAGAAGAUGUGUAAACUGUCAAUGAUAAAAUUUUAGCCAUAGAAAUAGACAUGAGUAAGAUCCUGGGAUCAAGAAGACAAUGUAGUAGGUCACGGACGAUUAUAAAAAGUAAAGGGGGAUGGUAAUGAAUACUUUAGGGUGAAUUGGAGAGGAAAAGGGUGACGGGAAAGCUCGGUGUUGUUGGCCGGCAACGAUAUCGACCUCUAUAGAGCGCCUGCGCGUAAAAAGCGCGCAAUUGUGUGAUAGUAGAAUCGUCAUGCAGACACUAAAAGCUUGUGGCAAAUUCAGUCGUGCCUUGAGCUAAUAUUGAAGUGGGUUUUGGCCUUUGGGAGAUUCCAAUGCUUGCCAACGACGUUCAGCUCCGUUGAAUUAUCGACCGGGAAACUGUUGACAUUUAAAAGCUCGCAGCUUCAUACAUCUGUGAAAGUGAUUCCGACGCUAAUGGAGGUUUUGUAAUGAUCAUUUAUUAUUAUUUCAAGGAUCAAAAACAAAACUUCAAGAGUUAUCAUCAACUUGAAAAAGAAACAUAUUUUUUUUCGAAGAAAUAAUUAUCAUUGAAAGGAAUAUUAACACUGCAAGAAUAUUCGAUUGAUACUACAAAAGUGUUUAGCUAAAGAUACUGAAUAAAAAAGAAGAUUAUUAAAAUUAUUAUUCGUGAGACGAUAACGCUUUGAUAAAAUGUUUCACUCGCGCUCACGGUUUUAUUGCUAACAUAUGUGUAUGUGUGCUCUUGCUUCUAUUAAAGGUGUAUAUCUAUACGCAGUCUAUGAUAAGGGACAGGCGUGUGUACAGUUUUCCGGGUGUGACUUGUGCUGUUGGUCAGUUGAAAUAGGUUCGUUCAAGUAACCAGUCUUCCAUUCAUUGAUAAUCUCUCUACUAAUGUCUAUUUAUAUUUUAUAUUUAGUCAACUUUUCACUAUAAUCACAUAUUUCACGUGAACAGUCUGAAUUUUAUUUCGGUAUAUUUAUACUCACAUGCAAUAUUUGCUAAUAAUGAACUCAUGAUGGACAUUAACGAUAAAAGUUGAAAGAUUGAUAAGUCAUCAUGUUUGCCUUCAGUUUGAUAAAAUCGAAAGCGUUAAAGUCUCUUAAGCGACGCAAGUGUAGUUGAUUUAUCAUACAAUAAGAUUGGAAUAAAGCCAAAGAAAUAAAGUAGAGAAUAUUUUUUUUCUGCAAAUAAAGAUAUUUUAAAAUGACUAAUACACAACAGCCAGUUAUAGACCAAGUCUGUGGAGCUGAACAAUCGCAAGAAGAAAUUCAACUUACAGAACUGCUUCCUGUUGAACAGUCACGUAUCGAAAAUACCUCUGAUAAUAGAGAUAAUACCACAACUGAUGGACUUAAAGUUCUAAGAAGCUUUUCGCAAAACAAUCAAAGUGAAUUUGAUCCUCGAAACUUCAAAUUUUUUGAAAAAUCUCAAGAUUGCGAAUUUCCUUCAAGAAAAAAUUCUUUUAAAAUUAAUGGACAACAGAACAUUAAACGGAAACAAGUAGUUUAUCUUCAUAACAAUGACAAUGAUGAUGAGCAUACUGAUGAGGAAGAUAGUGAUAUUGAUGGUGUCAACGAUGAUAUUGACAUUGAUUCUAAUAGUGAUCAUAUAGAAGAUGAUGAUGAAGGUACGAGUAAUUUUGAUGGAUUACUUGAGAUAGAAUGUAACAAUUCAAUAUUAAAGACUAAAAGAAAGAAAUAUAGUAAAAGAAAAUUGAAUCUACCUUGGAAUAAUACUGAAAAUUCUGAAAAUCAAAAUGAUGAAUUUUUUACUCAAGAAAAAAUUAAAAAAAGUAGAGCUAGAACCAGUAAAAAAAAGAAGACAUAUCAAAAAGAUAUUUUAAAAGAUGGAAUAUUUUAUUAUCAGCAAGAAGAAAAAAAUUCACAUGAUGAUAUCAACAAAAAUAGUAGCGAUGAAGAUAAAUUAUUAGGUGAUAAUAUUUCAGAAAAUAUUAAUAAUCAAUUCUGUAAUGGGAAUUCUACUUUUAAAUCCAAUACUAAAUCACAUCGGACUGCAAAAAAAAGUAAAACACUUCAACAUGAUUAUUCUAUAAAGAAUAGUAAUAAUAAUCAGAAAGAAUUAUCAGCAGAACAAAGAGAAUCAGAAAAUGAUUUAAAACACAAAAUAGGCGUAAUAAUUGAAUCAAAUUAUAUUUUAGAACAAGAAAAUAAUAAUAUAGUUCAACAUGAUAACAAUUCAGAUUCAUUAGAAUCUUCAAGUAAUGAAACUUCUACGGGUACAAAUAAUUGUUCAAAAAUAUCUGAAGGUGAUGAUCAGCCCAAAGAUGAUCAACAAAUAAAAAAAUAUUGCUGUUUGAUGUGUGAUGCUAAAUUUAAAGGAAGUGGAGGUCUACGUAAUCAUUGGAAAGUCGUUCAUGCUGCUGGACCGUUUUUUAAAUGUGAUGAUUGUGGAAAAGAAUUUCCCCUAAAGGAGCGACUGAAACUUCACGUUAGGACUCAUACAGGCUUCAAACCAUACAAAUGCUCAGAAUGCGAUAAAAGUUUUGCACGUGGUGGACAAUUAGCUCAACAUCGACGAACUCAUAGUCAUAUAAAGCCUUAUCAUUGCGCUCUAUGCACUGGUACAUUUACUUGUGCAGCUAAUUUAGCACUUCACAUGAAACGACAUAAUGGUCAGAAAGAUCAUAAAUGUGAUAUCUGUGGUCGAGGAUUUAUUCGCAGAGAUGCUUUAAAAAAACACCUGGAGUGUUUGCACAAAGAUGUUAAAUCAUUUCUCUGUAUAAUCUGCAACAAAACAUUCAAAGGACAUUUACCACAACACAUGAGAACUCAUUGUCAAGAUAGACCACAUGGUUGUGCUACAUGUGGUCAAAGAUUUGCACAAAAAUCUCAACUAACUGUUCACCAAAGAACUCAUUCUGGUCAACGUCCAUUUCGAUGUCUUGUUUGCUGGCAAGCUUUUGCUCAUUCUACUGCUUUGAAGCUUCAUACCAGAAGGCAUACUGGUGAAAGACCUUUCAAGUGCUCUGAAUGCAAUGCUGGCUUUACUCAAUUGCCUCAUUGGAAAAAACAUAUGAAGUGUAUUCAUGGAAGGAAUGAACCAUACAAUUGUAAAAAUUGUAACUUAUUUUUCAGGAUCAAAAGUGAUCUUGAAAAUCAUGAGAGAAAUUGUCUGAAGACAUCAGAGAUUGCUGAUAAAUCAGGAGAUGAAUUAGCAAAAGAAACAGGAAAAUAUUGUGUGAUGAGUAUCGAGAAAAUGAGAUUACUAUUAGCUGUGUUGCUGAAAAGAAUAUCAAAACCUGAGAAGUUAGAUGAAUUGGGUUUUGGUAAGAGACUUAUCGAUCAAGUUCUCCAAGAUUCCCUGAUAUCUGCUGGUAAAGAUCCAGCAAGAGUUGGUGAAUUAACUGAAUUCGAAGCUCUACGAAAAAAUCUUGAGACAUUUCUCGAGUGGACUGUACCCAAGGAACACUGGGAAACAUUUAAAAAGAUGAAUAAAAGUCCAGAAGAGAUACUGGAGACUCUUACAACUACAUAGCCAUAUGUCCCUUUCAUGUGUUAUAACCAAAGAAUUUUUUAUGUCAAAACAGAAGAAUAAUUUGUCCGACGGAUUUUUCUUGUUAAAAAAAUUAUUUAUUAAUACUAAUGAUUGUUGUAUGUGUGAUAACGAGAAAUCCAACAGUGCCAUUUAUGACAAAAACUUGCCAUAUUGUAUUAACAUAGUUAUUCUACUACCAUUUUUGACGCUUUAUAUUUUUUUCACAGAGAUGAUUCAAUAUAUAAAGGCCUUAUUAUUAAUUUUGAACUUAUAAAAGAUGUUUAUACCAAAAAUUUUUUAGGCUUAUUUUAUAGAAUGAAUUACUUAUGAGUGAUAAAUAAUUAAAAAUUGUGUUAUGUUGCUUAUAAAGCUAUAUUAGGCACAGUUUAUAUUACUGUUAUAUAUUUUGCACUUUAAAUUGUGAGAUUAGUGUUUCAAUUCUUUAUUCUGACUAAAUAAAAUAAUACAGUAAUUGAUUUAUUAAAGUCAACACUACUGUGUGUAUGGUAUUGAGAAUUAGCACUCACUUUAUAAAAAAAUGGUUAACAAAUAAUUAAAAAUAAAACUGCGAUAAUUAUGAUAGACAUAAAUAAAUGUGAACAGACAAUAAUAAAAAUAUUUAUCAUUAAUAUCUAUACUAUUAAUUCAUUUUAAAAUAUGAAUAUAUUGAUAUUUAAAAUUUAUCAAUGUUACUUGUGUUAUACGUAUUUCUAAAUUAUGUAUUUGGAUAAAAAUUUGUUUAAUGUAGCAAGUGACGGUGCUUAGUUGUGUGACUGAUUAUGAUAAUCACUAUAUAUCUUUUGUUAAAAUGCAAAUAAUAUUUUAUUCACCAAAGAUUUAAUUGCCAUUUAAUUUUUUUUUUUCAAUUUUUCUGUAUUAAAAAAUUUUUAUAUAUGAUAAUAAUCAUUAUUCCUAUUAAAUUGAUGUAAAGCAGAGCUUGUGUUUAUUGAAAAAUAAAAAAUACAUCGAUAUAAGUAAAUAAGUCGUACAAUCACUGAAUAAAGAUUAAGGUCAUUGAGGGCAGUAUUUGACUUGAUAAUAAGGGAAACGUUUUCGUAUAAUUUUUGUCUUCAUUAUCUAUAAGGAGAUCUAGUGCCAAAGUGGAAUCCAGAAAAAAAAAUUAAAAUUCGGUUCAACUAUAACUCUUACUGAUAGACGAUAGAUAGUAUUAUCGUCACUAUUAUUGUUUUUUUAUAAUUCAACAAACUCAUGCUUGAAAUUUUUUUUAUUUUCAGAUAUGAUACAAAAUAUAUUUUAACAUCUCUUUAUU